AUGAAACAGUUAACCGACGUGUACAAGGAUGAUUGCCUGAAAAAAACAGCUGUCUACGAGUGGGCUAAGCGGUUCAGGGAAGGCAGGGAGUCGGUGGAGGACGAUUCACGUGAGGGAGCUCCCUCCACCUCUCGAACGGCACAAAACGUCGAUCGCCUGCGCGUGCGUGUGCUCGGAGACCGUCGGGUAAGCCUCAGAAUGUUGGAAGACGAGUUGGGUAUCAACAAGGAAACCAUUCGACAGAUGCUACACGAGGAUUUAGGGAUGCGCAAGUUGUGCGCGAAAAUGGUUCCCAAAGUGCUCACAGUUGAGCAGAAAGAGCUUCGUUUAUCCAUCUGUGAAGACAUGAUUUCUCGAAUUGAGGAGGAAGGAGAAGACUGGAUGUCAAAUGUUAUUACCGGAGACGAGUCUUGGGUGUUCCAGUAUGACCCUGAGACCAAACGACAGAGCAUGCAGUGGGUGGAAAAGGGGGGAAGCGCCCCACAAAAGCCAGAAUCAUGUCAGACAGUCAAUGGGAAGUUCUACAUUGAAGUUUUGAAACGUCUGAAGGCCCGUGUGUUUCGUGCACGGCCGGAAUUGGCCGAACGUGGAUGGGUGCUGCAUCACGACAACGCUCCAGCCCACUCCUCAUUCGCAGUUCGCGAUUUUUUGACCAAAAACGGCAUUCCAACGCUUCCGCACCCCCCCUACAGCCCGGACCUGGCCCCCUGCGACUUUCAUCUCUUUCCACAAUUGAAGUCCUACCUCAAGGGCAACCGAUACGACGGCGUCGAGGAGGUGCAACGUGUCACGACACGGGUGCUGAGGGACCUAUCUUCAGGGGGCUUCAGGGGGUGCUUCCAAUGGUGGAUCCAACGGUGGCGCCGGUGCAUCGAGCUAGAGGGAGACUACUGCGAAGGAUUAUAA